UAAAUAUGAAACAAUCUUCUUUUGAUCUUCCUACAGCCCCAGCAAUGAAACCAAGAAAAGUUGAGUUUACCAAGCUUCCAGAGAACUCAAACAUCGCUGGAUUUGAGAACUGUUUUGAUUUCUUGAAGGAUGACAGCCUAGUUAAGAAGUACAAAUCUACCAACCAGAUUCCAUGUUUGUUCUCAAGCAGUGACUUACUUGCUGAUGACAGUAAGAACACACCACAGCCAAUUGAGACACAUAAAAUUGAAUCAUAUUCUCCAUUUUUCUGCAUCGAGGAGGAUCAGGAAAUGGAGGACAAAAUUUCGAACUCUGAUGAAAUAAUGUCAGAAGCUAGCCAAGAAAGCUUCGACCGAGGAUCAUAUGAUAACAAAGUUGUAAGUUCAAGCAGGAUGAGCAGAUUUCAUAGUACAAAGGCGACGCCAUUUUUCGGCUUACUUUCCAAAAAGAACAUUCCUCGUCAAUAAUUCCUAGCCCUCCAGAUUGGUUAAGGAAAUGCUAAAAUAAUAAUCCUAAUUAAUUGCUAAAUCUUAC